AUGUCCUACGGAAGACCUGUCAUAACCACUCGUCUCCAGGAGUUACUUGAUGGGAUUCGUGCAGAAUUCGAAAAUGUUCGAACUGAAGCUCUGGCCUAUCGUCUCCAUAAAGAUGAAUCUGACCACAAAUUUAAUCAACAAACAAACGAGCUACAAAAAAUUAAACAGACAGUGUUCGACUUGGAAGCUGCUCAUCGUACCAUCAAGGAUGCUUAUGAACUGGAAAUAUACCGUCUUAAAAAAGAACUUGACCUCAAGGAUAAACAAUUGAUUACUAUCCAGGCUCUGCAAGCUGCUGCUCAACAGGCACCACCACCCCCAGCUCACCAGGCUGGGCAUCCUGCUUCUCAUUCACAAGGCCCCUCAGACAGAACCCCUACCGGUCAAGCAAUGCACUUGGGUGGAGCUCCUCCACCUCCUCCUGGUGGACCUAUGGCAAGCUAUGGCAAGCCUCCAAUGUACGGAAAUUCCCCAAAUGUACCACCACCAGGGGUUUCUGGUCCUCCGCCGGCAUCCAAUGAGGCAAUUGGUACUCCAAAACACCAAGGAAACUCAUUACCAUCUGCUCACCAUCAACAAAACGGCACCCCAUUGUCGCAUCCACCACCUCCACCUGGUGCUUCUGUAGCUGGAGGCCCUCCUGGCGGCUAUCAAGGCCCUCCUCCUCUUCGUCACCAUGUCCCAAGUUAUCCUCCAACCCAACAACACACCCCUCAGCAGCCGCGUAGUGAAUUAGCACCUCUUGCGACUGGUGCUCCAAUAGGAGGCGCUCCUCCUGCACCCAUUACCGGCCCGCCUCCAGCAGCUACUAGUGCUCCUGCUGCUGCUCCAGUGGGUGCUUCUGGUCCUACCUCAGCUGCAUCUGCUCCUGUACAAUCAGCUUCCCUGGUUCCUGCAUCUUCCGCCUCAUCAGCUCCUGAAGGAAAUGCUGCCACUACAACUGGCGGUGCCUCAUUCACAGCUGCUGAUACUUCCUCUCAAGAAUUAGUCAAGACUGAACCAGGAACUCAACUUAGCGCCCAUAAUAAAGCUAUCCCUCCAUUCCUCAAUUAUCUUGAUGUCUCGUCCGUUCCAGCGGAACGUAAAAAGCAAAUGAAUGAUUAUUAUGUGUUGUAUAAUCCAGCUGUUCCUCGUGCUAUGGACGUUGAACUUGUUCAUUCUUUGGAUCAUAAUUCGGUUGUUUGUUGUGUUAGAUUUAGUGCUGAUGGUAAAUAUUUGGCUACUGGGUGCAACAAAACAACACAGGUUUAUAGUGUUGAAACUGGUGAACUUGUUGCGCGUUUAUUGGACAGCAGUGUUCCUGCAUCCGAUGGCAAUGUUAAUGAAGGUACCUCUAGUGGUGAUUUGUACAUUAGAUCGGUGUGUUUCUCUCCAGAUGGUAAAUUUUUAGCCACUGGUGCUGAAGAUAAAUUAAUUAGAAUUUGGGAUUUGACUACUAGAAGAAUUACGAAAUAUCUUAAGGGUCAUGAGCAAGAUAUUUACUCUUUAGAUUUCUUCCCAGAUGGCCGUAAAUUGGUUUCUGGUUCUGGUGACCGCACAGUUAGAAUCUGGGACUUGACUUCCGGUUUGACUCAAUUAACAUUGACUAUUGAAGAUGGCGUUACUACCGUUGCGGUAUCUCCUGAUGGUAAACUUAUUGCUGCUGGGUCACUCGAUCGUACUGUUAGAGUUUGGGAUGCUAUUACCGGAUUCCUUGUCGAGCGCCUUGACAGCGAAAAUGAAAAUGAUAACGGACAUAAGGAUUCUGUGUAUUCAGUUAUGUUCACCGGAGAAGGUAAACAAAUAGCCUCUGGGUCUUUGGAUACUACAGUGAAAUUGUGGUCUCUAAAUGGUGCUGCUGGUGGCAGUACUAGCAAGGCCCCAGCCAAUUGUGAAAUCACCUAUGUUGGUCAUAAAGACUUUGUUCUUAGUGUCUGUGCUUCUCCUCGUGGAAAAUACAUUUUGUCUGGUUCCAAGGAUCGUGGGGUUAUUUUCUGGGAGAAGACAAGUGGUACUCCAUUAUUGAUGUUGCAAGGUCACCGUAACUCGGUCAUUAGCGUUAGUGUUUCUGCCAAUCCAGUAUUUGGUAAUGGUAUGUUUGCUACCGGUUCUGGUGAUUGCAAAGCCAGAAUCUGGAAAUGGUUUGCCGUUCAGCCAUGA